AUGGGUAUCAUCCAAAAGAUCGAAGAGAAGCUCGGCGGCAACAAGUCAACCACCACCGACGACGUCAACAACACAUCCAACGUCCACUCCUCAUCAACACACCCGACCACAGGCUCCUCAAAUCUCCACAACCCUACCUCAACAUCAUCAACUGCACAUGGGACGAGUGGCAUCACUGGCGGCACUUCCGGCGAGGGUUCGCAUCUCGCAAGCCACAACCAGAAGCAUGAUGGUCUGACCGGCUCUCACGGAGCUCAGCACUCGUCUGCAACUUCAGCCUUGCCCGGAAGCCAUGCGUCCAACGUUCACGAUCACACUCUCAAUCCUACGACCGCUCACCAAACCACCGGGACUGUCGGCGGACACGGUGUCGGACAAGGCUCGCAUUUGACCGGUCAGUCUCAACAGCACUCCGGAAUGCCCGGCUCGUUCCCUGCUGAGCACACUUCUGCAUCUUCUGCUUUGCCUCAUGGCAGCCAUGCCACCUUUACCAAUGCUGGAUCUCACAUUCCUGGUACUGCUACAACUGGUGCUCAACAAGGUAGCGUCCUCCCUGGACAUGGCCAUGACAACGUCGUUGGAUCCCACGCUUCCUCUACUCACGCUGGAUCACACAUUCCUAGCACUGCCACGACUGGUGCUCAACAAGGAAGCGUCCUCCCUGGGCAUGGCCAUGACAACGUCAUCGGAAGCCAGACUUCCCACUCUGCGCCUGGACAAACCGGCUUGACGGGAUCUCACGAUACAAACACAACUUCCGGACUCCGAAACGAGACUCACCCACCCCACGGUGCUCAAACUUCCAGCCACCAUGCCGGUACUGCUGGCCACUCCCACGAUAACGCCACGAAUUCGACCCACAACAACCAGUCCAGCGGUGGAAUGGCCGGUUUGCUAAACAAGAUCCCUGGCAUUGGUAGCAAGAGCAAUGACAAGCACGCCCACGACUCUCACUCUCACACCAGUACUCACGGUCCAGAGGAGGGCGUUGGAGGCCACCAUGUUUCCAGCGGUCCAGGACAGCACAACACUCUUUCCUCCAACACCGCACACAACACCCCAGCUCAGCCAUUCGAUCCAUACAGCUCCGAAGGCCAACGCACCGCUCUCAACGCCAGCAACGACGCUCAUCACGACGGCGCCCAGCACCGGAAGUCUUCCGUCAAGCCCGUUAGCGGCCCUCACGCCACAUUGGAGAACCACUCCGCCAUCCCUACCGCUGGCGGGGUCAAGGUCGGCGAUGGUCCAUUCGAGCAAGACCGCUCGUACGAUCCUACUGCUAAGACCGCCCACAUCACUUCCGAUGCUUCUGGCAACUCGCAUUCAAACCACGGUCACGGCCAUCAAACUGGUCCGGACAACCGUGGCAUGAUGGACAAGGCCAAAGACACUCUCAGCAGCAAGCGCACCAACCACCCGGACGACCCGAUCACUGGUACAAACUUCGAUCAGAAGAACACCGGUGGUCUUACUGGCUCCAACCAGACUCAUGGUCUUCAAGGCCAGUCCGCCCAUCAAGGAGGUCUGACUGGUGGCUCUCACUCUCAGACUGGCCAUUCUGGCCUUGGAUCUUCCAAUGUGCACCAGAGCGGCUUGAAUGACCAUGCCCACAGCGGUCUGUCAGGCACGCAACCCUCCCAUCUCGGUUCAUCGAACAUCCACCAAGGAGGACUGACUGGCGGCUCUCACGGCGGUCUGUCAUCAAACACCCAUGGUCAAACCCAGCACUCCGCGCUCGGCCACUCUGGCAACCUGACCAGCGGCACAUCUGUCAACCAGCCUCUGGCUCACGACCAGAGCUUUGCUGAGCGCCACGUUCCAGGCGUUGGCAGCAACACUGGCAAUGUCGGACACAGCACCACGAACCCUCUCUCCAGCCACAACCAAUCACACUCUGCUGUUGGUGGAAUUGGCUCGAACACUGGAUACCCUCUCAGCAGCAACGACCACUUUCCUUCAAGCAACAUUCCUCAAGUGCAGUCCGGCAGCCACAACAACACCGCCAACCCUCUCACCACCCAUAAUGCAUCGAGCAACAUCCCUGGCACGCAAUCACACUCUACUGCCGGCGGUGUCGGACACAGCAGCGCAAACCCGCUCAGCAACACCCACGACAAUGCGAGCGGCGGGCACUACCAAGCCGGCUACAACGAUGCCAUGGCGCGCCAGCAAGCUGAGCAGUCGAGGAGAUUGUAG